AUGGCGACGGCACGACCAGUUAAAAAAGGACCAAGUGGACCAAUUAACAUACUACCAGACAUUCCAUACAAGAAGACUGAGGCUACGUUCAAAAUGAACAAAGAGAAUGAUAUUGAAGUCGGUGACAACAUGAUGAUCAUGAAUAUUGCACCAAGUGCAUUCUUUACGAAUUGCGCUGAGCUUAUCGCAGGCGACCGUAUAACGAAGAUCAACGCCAUGCCAGUGAAGACAAAGGCCGAGGCGGUAGCUGCGCUAAAGGGCUGUGUGGGAAGCGAUGUCAGAGUCGAGUUGUUACGGCGUCAAUUCACUAGUCCAGUAACGGCAGAACGAGCGAAGAAGAUAGGUUUAACACGUCUGGAUGGAUUUACUUACUUCUUACUCACUUGUGUAAAAGAAUCAACUGACCCUGUCUCAUCAUUCGGUUUCACACUCAAGCUACUUAAGAACAGAGCUCACGUCAUUGCUUUGGACCCAAAGGGAAUAGCAUCAAUCUAUUUUUGCAUUGGUGACGCUUUAUUGGAUCUUGAUGGCACACCAAUUCCAUUCAAUGAUAUUGAGUUCGUCCGAGGUUAUACGCAAAAAUUCAAUAAGAACAAUCGCUUCACGGUCGUUAUCGAACGUCCCCUUGGAACUCAAGCACUCUUUAUGUAUAACAUGUUGUUCAAAUUGAUGCUCCCGCAAGAAUCUGAUGUCGAAAUGGGACCAGAUGCGGUGCUGAUCGGGAAGGAAGCAGCAAAUAUGCAUCGAAUGGUUUUUAGAAGACUGAAACCCAGGAGUGUCUAUGGGCCAAGAGCAGCUAAUGCCCCACGCAAUGAACCAACUUUGAAAACUUUGGAUGUGUCAGAAAAAGCAAAGAAUAUACGUGUAGCGUCGAGUGCCAUGGAGCUGAAAAUUGCUUCGGAUAUCGAAGAUGAAGAUGAGCUGAAACCCGUUGACCGAAAGAGUCAUGCAAUGUUUGAUGACUUCUAGAUUUACUCGUGAU